UAUUUUGUUGAGGGAAUGUUUUAAAAAACGAGUAAGGUUAUAUGAGUCGCCGUGCUCGGUAAAACAUGUAUGGUUUUCGUUCACUUAUUGACCUUUUUGUCUGCUCAGCUGUGUUUUGCAUUUUCAUAUUUGCAUAUUUACCUUGAGGAAGAAAAAAAAAAGGAGUAGUUUCGGGGGCGGGUGUACUGCAGUGGAGCGAAGCGAGCAGACCUCCAGCCUGAGGCGGGCUGUUGGUUGAAGUGUGUCCGGCAGAGGAGGCAGUCUUCUCGGCGGGGGCUUGGUGUAACUAGCGCUGGGUCUGGUAGAGUCAAAGGCAAGCGGAAGGGUUUUUCUUCAUGCCCCCGCACGUUAAACACAAAUGAGCCGGGCGUUGGAGGAGCGAACACGCAUAAAGGUCUGGACGAGGGUCGCUUUUUGGACGACAAGCUUCCAGUCGGUCGAGGAUCUUUUGUAUUUCCUCACUGAAUGCUGAGGACAUUUUGGAUUUUUUUAUUUUCUUUAACUCCUCUGACAUUUAAGUCUUAAUCAGCCGGAACUUAUUGACCACUGUCUUUUUUUAUGAUGUUUUAUUUUUCAUGUGAAUUAAGCCACUUUAGUAGCGCUUUUCUUUGGAAAAUGUGCUCUUUGGGCCAAUUUAACUCGCUCUUUUAAGUGGGCUACAUUAGCUAGCUACCAGCCUAGCUUAAAGCCCUGCGAAGUACUGUCUUCUUAGCGGACUAAUGUCCACUUCUACACAUCAAGUUUGACUGGGAUCGGGUCACCUGUGUCGUGGACAAACGGACGUUACGAAAACAUCCAGUAGAGGAGUUGUCCCUGCUGGAUCUUUACCAGUCGCUCACAGGCCGUCCAGGUCCUUGAUGACAAGUGCCUAAGGAUGUCGAAACGGAGCUUCUUCGUUCGUCUGGUGCCGUGCCGCUGUUUGCGAGGCGAGGAGGAGGCAAUAACGUCACUCGACUACUCCCACAGUAGCCUGGAGACGGUUCCCAAGGAUAUCUUUAGCUUUGAGAAGACGCUGCAGGAGCUCUGCCUUGAUGCCAACCAGAUUGAGGAGCUGCCUAAACAACUGUUCAACUGCCAGCUACUCCAGCGACUGAGCAUGCCAGAUAAUGACUUGACCGUGUUGCCAGCCGGGAUCGCUAACCUCAUCAAUCUCAGGGAGCUUGACGUCAGCAAAAACAGUAUCCAGGAGUUUCCAGAGAAUAUCAAGAACUGCAAAGUGCUUACUAUUGUGGAGGCCAGCGUGAAUCCUAUCUCCAAGCUCCCUGAAGGCUUCACCCAACUCAUGAGCCUGACCCAACUCUACUUGAAUGAUGCCUUCCUGGAGUUCCUACCAGCCAGCUUUGGCAGGCUGACAAAGUUGCAGAUUUUGGAGCUGAGAGAGAACCAGUUGAAGAUGUUGCCAAAAAGCAUGCAGAAGCUCACACAGUUGGAGAGGUUGGACCUGGGCAGCAAUGAGUUCACUGAAGUGCCUGAGGUGAUGGAGCAACUGACUGGAAUCAAGGAGCUCUGGAUGGAUGGAAACAGACUGACCUUCUUACCAGGGAUGCUGGGCAUGCUCAAAGAGUUGGUCUACCUGGACGUCUCCAAGAACAACCUGGAGAUGGUGGAUGAGCAAAUAUGCGGCGCUGAAAGUCUGCAAGACCUGCUGCUCUCCAACAACGCUCUGACACAGCUUCCCGGCUCCAUCGGCUCGCUGAAGAAACUGACUGCUCUGAAGGUGGAUGAGAACCAACUGAUGUACUUGCCUGACUCCAUUGGAGGGCUGACUGGUCUGGAUGAACUGGAUUGCAGCUUCAACGAGAUCGAAGCCUUGCCGUCCUCCAUCGGCCAGUGUGUCAGCAUCCGUACCUUCGCUGCCGAUCACAACUUCCUUAGCCAGCUUCCCCCGGAAAUGGGCAACUGGAAGAGUGCAACGGUGCUUUUCCUCCAUUCCAACAAGCUGGAGUCGCUGCCGGAGGAGAUGGGCGACAUGCAAAAGCUAAAGGUCAUCAAUCUGAGCAACAACAAGUUGAGGAACAUCCCCUACAGUUUCACUAAACUGAGCCAAAUGACAGCAAUGUGGCUGUCUGAAAAUCAGUCCAAACCCUUGAUCCCACUGCAGAAAGAAGAGGAUCCAGAGACUAAGAAAACUGUGCUGACAAACUACAUGUUCCCCCAGCAGACCAGAACAGAGGACUACAUUCCCAACUCUGACUCGGACAGCUUUAAUCCAACCUUGUGGGAGGAGCAGCGCAAACACAGAGCUCAGGUGGCGUUUGAAUGUGACGAGGACAAGGACGAGAGGGAAACGCCUCCGAGAGAGGGCAACCUUAAGCGCUACCCCACUCCGUAUCCAGAUGAGCUGAAGAACAUGGUGAAGACGGCCCAGUCGGUGGCACACAGGCUCAAGGAGGACGAGUCGGGCGAUGAGUCUGUAAAAGACUCCAAACCCAUGGAGAGGAACCAUAUUGGUGUGCAGGAUGUGGGAGUAAAGGUGAUAGAAGCCCCGUGUCCUAAUGGCCGGCUGUCAGACACAGAGUCCAAAGCUUGCAACGUCACAUUCACAAUCCCCAACCAUCCACAACCAGUAUCAAAGGACACGUCUGAGUCUUUCAGCUCCCAGCUUGUCCCACUCAGGUCAUUGGAGGGCUCCCUGAUGAACCAUGAGGACACGCUGGAGGAUUCUGAGGAGCUGUCUGAAGAAGAAGAAGAGAUGAAAAUUGCCGAGAUGAGGCCGCCUCUCAUUGAGAUCUCCAUCAACCAGCCUAAAGUGGUGAUGAUAAGUAAGGACAAGAAAGACGACAGCAAGGAUGCGGACUCGCUGCUUGACGACACUGUGGCCAACAGCAACCAAAACAACAGCAACUGCUCGUCACCGUCACGAAUGUCGGACUCUGUGUCGCUGACCACCGACAGCAGUCAGGACAACUCCCUGUGCACCCCGGAGAGGGAGGCAAAGAUGCCCUUCCUUUCAAAAAGCAGGCAAGAAGACGAGAACAUGAACCCUUCCAAAGACACCAGCACGCUCCUUCAUAACGGCAACGGCUCUGAAACAUCUCUCCAAGCGCUGCUGAGGGGCCAGCAGACCACCACCGAGCCAGCGGGCGACUAUGACCUGUCCAUGGAGGCCAGGCUGGCCUUCAUCGAAAAGGGACUGAACAACGGUGUGGGAGACGGCUACACCAAGUGGGACCAGAUCAACAUGAACGUGUCCAACCCGCCGACAGACAACAUGGUCCAGCUGGAACCUCACAAUGGUUCACUCGGACGGGAGGAAGUUGACGCCAAGCGGGGUUAUGACAACAUGCAGCACUUUCAGAACGGGAACCAGCAGGUCGUGUCCGCGGCCGGCGUGACAUCAAGUGGCGAGAUGUCUCGCAGCACCGAGGAACUGUCUCCAGAGAAGAGGGGCCACCCCCCUCAGGUGACCAAGUCUCAGAGUGUCAGCAACAUAGAAACGGGCGCAUUGAAGCCGUAUUCGUUCGACAACGAUGGCGACGCCGCAGCAGAGGCUAGGAUGGUGGGCAGUGGCCCCGGGCCCAGUCAGGGCUCCACGGCUCAGGGCCAGAGCAUAAUGAGGAGCAAAUCCGCCUCCUUGCUUAACGACCAGACUCUUCAGGUCUACCCGAGCUCUCACGCCUCCUCCUCAGACAUGCUGUCGUCCUCAAAUCUUGCCGCCAGCUCCAGCAGGUACCCAUCCCCCUCCAGCAUGGCAAUGGGCGCGCCCCCUCCUCAAUACAAUGUACAGUAUGCAAGCAGCGCCAUGCCAAAAGAGGGGAUGUGGGGCCAGAGGACGCCAAUGCCUCCAGAACACCAAGGCUACCUCCCACCCGCUGCCCACUCUCUCGCCAACACAAACUACUCCAACCGUAAUCAGGCCCCCCCCUACCCGCUGCAGCCACAGCACAGGGCCCCCCCCAUGGGAUGCAAACUUUCUGGGGACAUUUGGGCCAAGGAUAGGCUUCCGUCUACUAGCAGCCUGUCCAGUGGGGGACCGUUACAGCGGCAGAGUAGCGCCACCUCCGUGGGCGAGGGCAGACGCAUGCAGCUGCCUGAGGGCGACUACAUGACCUACAGGGACAUCCACACCCUCGCCAGGGGCCCGCUGGCCAUGAGCCAGGCGGCGCAGAGGCCAUUUUCGGCCCGCACUUACAGCAUUGACAUCUCCACUCCAGCUCGGCCUCCCGCCGCCAGGCCGCAGCCCCACGAGCUUCCAGAGAGGACAAUGUCGGUCAGCGACUUCCACUACCAGCAAGGCAGCCCCAGCAAGAGGCCCAAUGUCAGGGUGAGGUCGGAGCACUCCCUCCUGGACGGGCCCGGGCUGGUGUCGGGGGGCCCGGGAAGGGUACCGGUGGACUGGAGGGACCAGGUGAUGCGGCACAUUGAGGCCAAGAAAAUGGAAAAGGACGAUGUUUUUGGACCGCCAGGUCAGCAGAGCUACACCAUGGACUCGCGCAGAAAAGUGCCUCUGAUGAACGGACAGAUGAGCUCAACCGCUCGUCCUCACAUGAGCCAGGCGCCCAUGGCCCGCCAUCCCUCGAGAGAGCAGCUCAUUGAUUACUUGAUGCUCAAAGUCUCCCAGCAGGGGCCCCCGCGGGCGCCACACGAGGCACCACAGCACGAGAUCCAUGUGAAGUUGGAGAAAAAUCCUGAACUUGGUUUCAGUAUAUCGGGAGGAGUGGGAGGUCGUGGCAACCCUUUUCGUCCAGAUGACAAUGGUAUUUUUGUGACGAGGGUCCAACCUGAGGGACCGGCUUCCAAGAUUCUUCAGCCCGGUGAUAGAAUUAUCCAACAACACAUCUCUGUCCUUCUCCUCCAAAGUGUGUUACAUAAAGUAUCGACAUCCUUCCAGUGUUGGUGUGGCGCAGCAUCUUACCAACACUGUUUUUAUCGACCGAGCUCUCAUAGUGGUGCCAUGUGCAGAAGUGACGCAGCCAUUGGGGUUGUCUUGUGUUGCCAAACCAUCACCCCCCCUCUCCCCCCGCACGGAAAAGCGCCCACGCGUUGCUCGCGCGGCGUUCAUGACCAAUAUGUUUCCAGUCCAGGGAAGAUUCCAGAAGAGGCCAAGGCUUUGUCACUUUUGACCCCAACCACCCCCGUGCACAACCUCCUCUCUGGCGCGGGGCUGCUCCCCAUCCCCACACCAUCGCCGCUUCAGAACCUGACCCUUCCCCUUGUCAGCGUCAUGACAGCCGGCCUCGAUACCGCCGCGUCGGCGCUUUCGCAGCCCCCCCUUGUAGGCAACGUGGACCCCUCCAAGGUGGACGAGAUCAGGAGGACGGUGUAUGUAGGCAACCUGAACUCACAGACCACCACAGCCGACCAGCUGCUGGAGUUCUUCAAGCAGGUCGGCGAGGUGAAGUUCGUGCGGAUGGCGGGCGACGAGACGCAGCCCACGCGCUUCGCCUUCGUGGAGUUUGUUGACCAGGAGUCGGUCACCCGGGCGCUGAACUUCAACGGAGUCAUGUUCGGAGACCGCCCCCUUAAGGUCAAUCACUCCAACAACGCCAUCGUGAAGCCUCCGGAGAUGACGCCUCAGGCCGCCGCCAAGGAGCUGGAAAGCGUGAUGAAGAGGGUCCGCGAGGCGCAGUCCACCAUUGCCGCCGCCAUCGAGCCAGCCGAGAAAGAAAGGCGCUACUCUGGUCACUCGAGUCGCUCGGGGAGGUCGCGGCGUUCACGGUCUCAUUCGGGGUCGCGCAGGAGACGGUCGCGCUCCAAACACAGGCCGCCACCCAAUUGGUCGAGGAACGACUUGCACGCAUCCAGGGGCGGCCACAGGAGGCGCUCUCGCUCCAGAGGCCGACGGCGCAGCAACAGCCGCACCAGGGUCCGGAGGCGGAGUGGAGGUCGCUCCAGGAGUCCUCCCCGGAAAGGACAUUCGUCCUCGCCAAAGAGGAGUAAGAAGCGGCGGGAACGCAGCCGGGAAGCGAGGGAGCGCUCUUCGUCGAGGAAGAGGGGCCGCAAAGACGAGGAGCGAACGAAAAGCAAAGCCAAGCCGCACAAGGAGGGGAGGGGCUGUGACAGAGAAGGCUCAUCCACGCCGACUCGAGACGUGACCUCGUCUCCCUUCGCUCAGCACAACGGCGUCCAUCGCGGCAACGACUACGACUGACUUUGACGUCAUCGCUUACAUUUUGACUCUCCAGCCCGGAGGCCAGGUCAACGUCACGCUUGAUCGCCAUGUUGAACUUUUUUCGUCCAUGAUUUGACACACACGCUAAGCGGACUAGGAAGGGACAAACACGUCUAGCACAGGUUUAAGAUCGCUGUCCCCGUCGUCGUCGUCAUCAUCAUCAUCGUCAUCGUCAUCGUCGUGCGUCCGCGAACUUCUUCAUCUUUUUCUAGAAACGUACACCGUGUGUGGUCACAUGUUCGCUUGUCGUUCCCGUGCUGUAAAAGUCAACAUUACUCGCGCCGUCGGACGCGCCGCGCCUCCAAUCCUCACCUGGGCGGUUUGGGAGGAAGUGUUUCCUGCUGGAGACGCCAUGUUAUAUACACGUCAUGUUUUAUUUCAUGUUUUUAUAUUUUUGCGAUUACCGCUACCGUUUUAGUCCAAGCGCCAUGUCACUGUGUCCUCUUCUUCUCUUUGUUUGUGGUGGAAAAAAAUUGUAACUGUAUUUUCAUUUAUAAGUAAAAAUAAUAACGUAAGAGGAAGUGACAUCACAUUAGAGGUUAAAAAAGUGCCUACACUAUGAUUGUACAAUAAAAAGUUUAUUAGCAUGGUUAGCGUUUAGCGCUGUGUGACAGACAAAGAAGAAGAAGCCAGUAUUAAAUGUGUCAAACUUUUAA